UGUCACGUGUCGUGAAACCCUAUCUAGAGCUUUAUUACUGUUAAACUACAUGCUGUCGCUUGUCUCGUUUAACAAUUAGUUUUUUUAGACGAGCAUUAUGUUUUAUAUGUAAUUCAAAAACUGACCAGGAAAACUUAUAUAUUAUUCAAAAUGGUUUCUGGGAUUUUGUUGCUGGCUACUAUCAUUACAAUCAAUGGCGCAGAUGUGCCCAACUACAAGAUAACGUCGUUAGAGGAGCCGCCAUAUUUAAUGCCAACAGAGGGAAAACAAUAUCAAGGAAUUAUUAUCGACAUCUUGGAUGAGAUGAGUAAAUAUUCAAAUUUUACGUAUGAUAUAGUUACACCAGAUGACGGCAAUUAUGGCUCCGAACAUACACCUGGACAGUGGAACGGGAUGAUAGGAGAUUUAGUGCAUAAGGAUGUCGAUAUAGCUGCGGCGCCACUGACCAUCACCUCAAAAAGAGCAACAGUAGUUGACUUCUCCCAUCCUUUUAUUAAUGCUGGACUAAGUAUCCUGUACAAGCCUCCAGAUCCCUGGGCUAAUGCUGAACCUCUGACAGUCCUCUUUACGCCCUUCACUCCAGGGGUUUGGGUCAUGGUGGCUGUUGUUUUCAUAGGAAUCUCAUUGUUCUUCUAUGGAAUUGGAAGAUACAGCCCCUACGAGGAUUGUUCUUUCGUGGGAAAAUCAUCAACCUAUGAAGGUCUUACCCUGUUUAACAGUUUUCUCUACACCUUCAGUUCCUUAACCUGGCAAAGUUAUACAGCUGCACCACGAUCAAUCUCCGGAAGAAUGAUGGCUGGAUUCUGGUGGAUGUUUACCAUUAUGUUCAUAGCCACCUAUGUGGCCAACCUUACCGCAUUCUUCUUGACACAGGAACCUAACACCAGGAACAUCCCCUUUAUGACAUUCUCCGAGUUGUCCCAGCAAAAAAGGGCUUCUUUUGGCGUCAUAAAAGGAGGAUCAACGUAUUGGUAUCUGCAGAACUCUAAAAAGUUUCUAGAAAAGCGACUCUUCGCGGGUAUGAAUAUGUCUGAUAGUAAUUAUGUUGCAACUAAUAAUGAAGCGCUUGUCAAAGUCAGAACUUCUAAUUAUGCUUUCAUUGGCGAAGCUUCUCUUCUGGACUACCUAGCGUCGCAACCACCGUGUGAUCUGAUGGUGUUAGAUAAUCUACAGGUUGAUAGAGGCUACGGGUUUGCAUGUAAGAAAAAUAAGACGGGGCUGUGUAAUAAGUUAGACGAGGCCAUUCUUCAUCUGCAGGAACAAGAGAAGAUCUAUGAGAUCAAGCAGAAAUGGAUGGGUUCAGGGUGUCUUAAGGGUGCCAUGAAGGAAACUACCCUGAGUCAUGGUCUGCCCAUCUUUGAUAGCUUUGGACAAGAUUCAACUGUAGCUUACGAGAAGGCGGUGACUUUGAGGAGGUUCUCGGGAGCUCUCUUAAUUGCUCUAAUUGGUUUUAUUCUAUCAAUAAUAGCACUACUUGGAGAAGUUGUUUAUGCACGUAGAUAUGGUGUACCAACACCACCAAGAAGAAUGAAUGUUAUGAACGAGGAAGAUCGAGAACAAAUACAGAACUCAUUCCACGACUAGUUAUGCAAGACUACUGACAGUGAAAUACAAAAUUCAUUCCACGACUAUUGCUAGACAACUAACAGCGAAACACAGGUUUCGUUCCUCGACUGGUUAUGCAAGACUAUUGUUGUAUUAAACUUAACUUUUUAUAGUAAAAAAAAAACACACACCGAAAUUUGUCAAGUAUGUUAAUAUUUUGUUCGCUCAUUCUUUCGUGCUUCCAUUUCAGGUUGACUCUCUGAAUUGUCAAAAUAUUUUAUUGACAUGUCAAAUUAUUUUAUGGACAUCUCGUUUACUCCGAAAUCUCAACUGGCAUGAUGGUUGCUCUGAAAUGUCAAAAUAUUUUAUUGACACGAUGGUUACUCUGAAAUGUCAGAAUAUUGCAUUGACAUCUUGCUUAACUCAGAAUAUUUCAUUGAUAUCUUGGUUACUCUGAAAUGUCAGAAUAUUUCAUUGAAAUUUUACUUAAUCCUGAAAUGUUAGAAUAUUUCACUGACUUUUCGUUUACCCUGAAAACAAUUGCCAAUCUGUGUCUUUAAAUAUGACAUAUGGUAUCUGUGCUAAGAUAUCCAUCUAUCCUCUAAUGUUUUAAUGUAUUUUAUUGCAUUGUUUGCGAUCAGUAUUAUAUAACUCUUGUUAGUUGUGUCAGAGAUAUACAUUUAUAUUUGAUUGGGUUGUAAGUGUGACUUCAUUUCAUACCAAUAUUAUUCACACAGUCUUAUUUUAUGCACAAUAUGCACAUUCACUCAAUAUUUAAAAUUGGAACUAUAUGUAUAUUUUUAUAUUCUAUAAAUUCCAUUAAUAUUUCAAAAUGUAAUUAUAAUUAACCGAUCAUUUAAUAAGUGAAUUUUACUGUAAAUUGAAAUUCAUGAUAUAAUUUUACUGUAAAUUUAAGUUAUGAUAUUAUAAUUUUAAUGAAAAUUUUAUUUCAUGAUAUAAUUUUACUGUAGAUUUAUUUCCAUGAUGUAAUUUUUACUGAAAAUAUAAUUUCAUUAUAUAAUUUUACUCACAAUGUGAUUUCAUUAUUUGAUUUUACUGAAAAUGUCAUUUCCUUAUUUGAUUUUACUAAGAAUGUAAUUUCGUUAUAUGACUUUACUGAGAAUGUAAUUUCGUUAUAUGAUUUUACUGAGAAUGUUAUUUCGUUAUAUGACUACUGAGAAUGUAAUUUCGUAAUAUGACUUUACAGAGAAUGUCAUUUCGUUAUGAUUUCACCGAGAAUAUCAUUCCGUUAUAUGAGUUGACCGAGGAUGUUAUUUGGUUAUAUGAGUUUACUGAGAAUGUCAUUUCGUUAUAUAACUUUACUGAGAAUUUCAUUUCUUUAUUUAGCUUUAUAGAGAUUGUCAUUGUAUUACACAGUUUUUAUAAGAAUAUAUUUCAGUUUUUCUAAGAAAAUAUUACAUGUAUAUCAUUAUAUAGCAUUAUUGUACACUGAAGCUAGUUUCUCUAGUUAUAUGUAUGUAUUAAAGAAAGGUCUUGGUUAUAAAUGAAAUUGUGCACAUGGAAUUUUAUUGUGUGAUAAUGUUUCUUUGAAAAUAAAUUUUUCUUUAAUUAA